CUCUGCGCGGGCGCGCGGCGCCCCCUGGCGGCCCCACAGCCGUCCCGUCCCGUCCCGGCGGCCAUGCAGUCUGCGUUCGUCACCGUGGGCACCACCAGCUUCGAUGAGCUGAUCGCCACGGCCCGCUCGCCGCCCGCGCUGCAGGCGCUGCAGAGCCGCGGGGACCAGAAGCUGGUGCUGUAGGCGGGCCGGGGCUCGCUGCCGCUGCCGCAGCGCAGCAGCCCGGCCGUGGCGGUGGAAGCGUUCCGGUUCAAGGACUCGCUGGCUGAGGAGCUGCAGAGCGCAGACCUGGUCAUCAGCCACGCAGGUGCUGGUAGCUGCCUGGAGACUCUAGAGAAAGGAAAACCACUAAUAGUAGUAAUAAAUGACAAGCUGAUGAACAACCAUCAGCUUGAGCUGGCCAAACAGCUGCACAGAGAUGGCUGUGUCCUCUACUGUAACUGCAGGUGCAGAUGGAAGCUUGGAAUUUGGAACCAUUAAUGUCCUGGAUAAAGUGAAGAAAGUCCUGAGUCUACAGAACAAAGGGAUAUACAACACUGAGUACAGGCCUUUGUGGGUGCCUGCCAAGUGGACUAAACCUGUCUUUGAUGCAGCAUCUAGUGGACAAUCUUAUGGAGGGGGACAAGGAGCAUCUGAAGAAGAAGCUGCCGCUGAUCUUACGACCCUUAUUGCUGCAACUGAGGGGACACUCGAAAGCGGUGGACAGAGCAGUGACAUGCCGCUACCGGACGGCCAAAGAGCUGAUUGACACUGUUGAAGCACUAUCAACCUUCCACAUAAAAGGACCAGCAAGGGAGCGUUGCCUUGAGUGUUGCAGCCCCUGUUGUGCUGCGUGGGUAGCUCUAUAUUGUGGGGGCUGUGGUAAAACCUUUUGGUUAGAACAGUCCGGGAUCUGGGGUUUAUGGUGUAAUACCUGCAAGCAUGACUACACCUGGGGGGAAGACUGGCAGAGGGAACUAAGGAGACAGACGGGGCUAGGUACGGCUCUGGAUUUAAAUCUUUACGAGUCUCCUGAGCAGAAAAUCUUUGCCUACUACUGGUGGGAGGUACAGUGUAUUGUGAAAAGAGUUAAAGCUCAAAGUAAGUCAUACAUAGCUUCUGCUAGGUGUAGACAAUUGGUGCCUUUAACACAGCAUUCAGUUGUAGGACCCAUCAAAGGAGAUCCCGAUCAGGCAUUGGACUCCUGCAUCGAGGCCCUACAGAGAUGGAGAUUGCAAGAGUUAGGAUCGAUGAGGUUAAAGACAGAUAAGAAAAGGAAAGCAAGAAAGAAAACAGAAAAAUGAGGCUUAUUUUUGUUAUACUACUGAGUGCUGUGACGGAUGGGGCAGUAGGAGUAACACACUUUAAUCAGCCAAGAGAUAAUAUAUGGAUAAUGCUUGCUAAUCAAACUAACCAAUCAUCACUUUGUCUUAGCCUUGAAGGGGUUACUAACCCAUUUUGAACAUGCUUGGUGGGACUCCCAGUGUGGUCUCCUCGGGAAUUUUGCAGUCUGAUUGAUAACCACACUCUAUGCACGUACAAUAUGACAAACAUUAGGUUACCCACGCAACAAGGGUACACUACAAGUUAAAGUGACAGUUACCACCAAUGCUUAAUAAUCUUAUCACUUAAUAUUACCUUGUACUCUCCUCCAGAGGAGUUGGAUCUCUUCGGAAGUGCAAACGCCAGCAUGACUAACACCUCAAAUGGCGGAUGGUUCAGUUUCGAUCCCUUAGAUCCCCAGAAUUUAAAUCAGCAUAGAGGAACAUGGGCUACCCUAGAUUCAUCCCUGAAUUUGGGUACAGUGUCUCAGCAGCUUUACAGCCAAUGUAAUGGCACUAGCAUCACGGCACCGAUGAAAUUACCCACAGGGAUAUUUUUAAUUUGUGGAGACAGAGCUUGGAAUGGUAUACCAGCCAGGCCACAGGGUGGAUCUUGCUAUUUGCGAAAACUGUCAUUGUUUCAUCCCAAUGUGUCUUUAUUUAUGCAAUUGAGUCAAAAUUCAAGCAGAAAGAGACGCAGCCUGCAUGACUUAGACUGCAGCCAGAUAGGAGACCCACAUUUUGGAGUGAGUUAAAACAAGUGAUAGUUUCAACUGUCUUGCCAGGAGGAGCUUCUAAUAAAGCUAUGAACUUAGCAAAGCAAUUGGGAUGCUGGGCCAAGGAUGAGUUAAGCAAGACGUCAUCAAUUUUAGAUAUGAUAACCGCAGAUGUGCAAAGUGUUAAUCAUGCUGUUUUGCAAAAUAGAGCCGCUAUAGAUUUUUGCUUUUAGCACAAGGGCAUGGAUAUGAAGAGUUUGAGGGAAUGUGCUGCAUGAACUUGUCCGAUCACUCUGUAUCUAUUCAUGCGAAGAUAAAAGAAUUACAGCAGGGACUUCACAAUCUUAAAGAAGAAGAGGGUUUAGGAAUCAACGAAUGGCUUAAAAGCUUAGGACUUUGACCAUGGCUGAGAAACCUUGUGACAUAUGCUAUAGGGAUACUGGGUGUGAUUUUGAUGCUUUUGCAUAUUUUGCCUUGUAUCUUUAAUUGUAUUCAAAAUAUGGUCAGCUGAAUGAUAGAAAAGAACCUGGCAGACUAGCCUCCUUGCCCAAGAACAAAAUGGCGGAAGUGGAGAGUUUUGUCAAAGAGUGGCUUGAGGAGAGGGGACACAGCCAAAUCAAUUUGGUAAAGAUGUCAUAACUAGGGCAGAGGCCCUUUCGCAGGCAGGGUGUCCUUGUUCAUAAAGAAGAUGCUGAAGUUAUACAAGGACGGGGUGUGGAAUGCAGAAGUUGCUGUUCUUGCUAACCACAGGAAUGUAGAUAAAGGCUAAAUUAGGCGGGGUUGACAUGUAUCUGAAUAGCCAGCCCAGAGCUCAGCUUUUGCAAUAUGUAUGAGGCUCAUUAUGUGCUGUAUUUAGGUUGCCGAAUCAAUCAAUAAAUUAGACCUGUUGAUGACCA